AUGGCCGCGGUAUUACUUUCUUUCUCAGCCCUCCUGCUAAGUGGAAUAGUGGCAUCACAACCAACUCGAGCAAUUGACAGCGAUUUCGCAGACCCCUGCGUCAUUCAAACCGAUGAUGGAUACUAUGCCUUUGGAACCAGCACUAAUGGCGCGAAUGUUCAAAUUGCAAAGUCCUCCGACUUCAGCUCAUGGGAACUUCUGUCCGGAACGGAUGCUAUGCCUGGGCCAUUCCCAUCUUGGGUUGCAAAUGAUCCCUCAGUUUGGGCGCCUGAUGUGAUCAAAAGGGACGACGGCACAUUUGUCAUGUACUUCUCCGCAUCGACAAGCGAGGACGCUAGUAAGCACUGCGUCGGAGCUGCUACCUCCUCUAGCAUUACGGGACCUUACACCCCGGUAGACAGUGCAGUAGCCUGUCCUCUUGAUCAAGGUGGGGCCAUUGAUGCCGAUGGUUUUGAGGAUGGAGGAACCUACUAUGUCGUGUAUAAGGUGGACGGGAACAGUCUCAACGGAGAUGGAAGCACCCACACCACUCCGCUUAUGCUGCAGGGACUGAACUCCGAUGCUGUGACCCCCAAUGGCGAUCCCACGCAGCUUUUGGACCGUGACGACGCAGAUGGCCCCCUUAUUGAGGCACCGAGCUUAGUCAACGUUGAUGACAUGUACUAUCUCUCGUUCUCGUCCAAUAUGUACGAUACAGACAAGUACGAUGUGAGUUAUGCGACGGCUUCGGCCCUCACUGGUCCCUAUACCAAAGCCCAGUAUCCGGAUGCUCCAUUGCUUGUGUCUGGAGAUGCGAGCAAUGUGGGUGAUCUGUCAGGACCUGGUGGUUCAGACUUCCUUCGUGAUGGGAGCAAGAUUGUCUUCCAUGCGUUCGAAAAUGGGAAGAACAUUGAGAAUGGACGUGCCAUGUACGUUGCUGAUAUCCAUACUUCUGGUGGCGUGAUCAUGUUGGCGUGA